AAAUAAUUAGCUUUUUUCGACCAUAAGCGAUACUACUACGCUUGCGUAACAACGUUUGUCAUAUGUUUCACACUAGUUUCUUCACAAGCCGCAAAAAAGAAAAGAAAUACAAAUUUAUUAUAGUUGGUAUGCUCGUGUGUGCGAUUCGAUUUUGGGCUAUUUCCUUGCUUUUGGUAUUAAUUAAUUUAUUAAGUGUGUUCGCUAUUUGUAGUUGUUCCGCGACUUCGUUAGUAUUCAAAACAAUAAUUUUCGGAUCGCAAAAGAUAAUACUUUACAAUUUAAUGCAUGAUUUGUAUGUUUCGAUGCUCAGUUGGUAAAUAAACGUUCGCCUUUGCAGUGCAGUUAUGCAGCAGCUUAACAGAUUUACUUUUAACGCACGCUUUGCCUUCAACGUUUUUGCUGUAAUCGGUUGCAGUCAACUCGCAGCACUUGUCAGCGGCCAUGAAUACUUGAGAGAGAAACCGUCAUUCCUGCAGCCUUGCCAUCUGCACGAUCCAGACAAUGGCAAAUGUCUGGCGAAUGUUUUCGAAAACUUUUUCACCGAGUGGCGUCAUGGCGUGCCUGGCUUGAAAGGACUUAGUCCCAUCGAGCCGUUCCAUAUAAAGCGUGUGCGCCUAUCACAGCAGACCGAAAACUUGGCCAAUAUAAAAGCCGAACUGACGAAUGUGGUCGCGCAUGGCAUGAGCGGCACGCGGGUUCUGAAGACGUCCGUCAACGAUAAAGACUACACAAUUGAGUUCAAAUUGAAAACGCCUUCGGUGCAUGUCGAAGGUGAUUAUCAGGUCAAUGGACGCAUAUUGAUUUUGAAUUUGGAUAGCGUUGGCAAGAUGUCAUCCACUGUUGAAAAUCUCGAAUAUCGCAUAUCAUGCAAGGCGAAUCUCAAACAAAUAAACGGUCAGUAUUUCUUCGACUUAAUUUCGGCUUCGUCACGUAUUGAUAAGCUGGGCAAUUUCAAAAUACAUUUUACGAAUCUUUUCCACGGCAACAAGGAGCUCGAAGAGAGUGCACACGAACUUUUCAAUAAUAACUGGCGCGAGAUUUUUGAAAUCAUGCGUCCCGCUUUUGCACAGACAAUCAAUACGAUUAUACUGAAUCGUUAUAAGAAAAUUUUGAGUUAUGUGCCGGCUAGCUAUUUCCUGGACGAUUUACCGUAGACACUUUAGUGUUAGGAUUUUGCUUCAUUUAAAAGACAAUUAUGAAUUAUAUCUAUACUUUUUUGGUGAAAUUUAUAAAUUUCUAUGUAAGAUAACUAAAAUAAAGCUAUAUAAGAAAUAAAAAUUUACUUAGACAAAUGUAA